UCUCUCUCUCUCAAUUCUGCUGCUACAUUCCCAUAUUCAUUCAUUUCACUGACCCAGAAAAGGAAACUCAUCCGAUUGUCUCUUAAAUCUCGCUUCUUAUCAAUCUUGUGCUUUAAUAUCUCUUUGGCAGAACCCCAAGCCCACCAAACAUUCCCGGAUCUUGGUUGUGCCACUCUUUUCUUGAAGAGAAUUUCCAAGUCGCGGGCUCUGUUCUCUUUCAAGUUUUCAUUUUUCUCCGUCUUCUUUCGAACUCUCGGAGUGGGAAAGAAGCUGCUGCAGCCAUUGCUUCCUAGAUCUCAAGGGAGCCGAGUUGUCGCCCCCAGGAAGCUGCGAAAGGAGGAACCUUUUUGGCUGGUUUUGGCUGGUGAAAAUGGGUAGAAAUCUUAGCCCCGCACUGCGUAGAGAAUUGGCAAACCUGGAUAAAGAUGCUGACAGCCGUAAAUCGGCGAUGAAAGCGCUUAAAACAUAUGUGAAGGACCUGGACUCAAAGGCGAUCCCUUUAUUUCUGGAGCAAGUUUCUGAAACCAAGGAAACAGGCUCUUUAUCCGGAGAAUACACAAUUUCGCUUUAUGAAGUUCUUGCUCGUGUUCAUGGCGUCAACAUUGUUCCUCAGAUAGAUAGCAUCCUGGCAACUAUUGUGAAAACUUUGGCUUCAAGUGCAGGGUCUUUCCCUCUCCAACAAGCCUGCUCAAGGGUAGUUCCCGCUAUUGCGAGAUACGGGAUAGAUCCAACCACUCCAGAGAACAAGAAGAGGCAUAUCAUUCACUCCUUGUGUAAGCCUCUUGCAGAGUCUCUUUUGGGUUCUCAAGAAAGCUUAACCUCAGGGGCUGCGCUUUGCUUAAAGGCUCUGGUGGAUGCGGAUAAUUGGAGGUACGCUUCGGAUGAUAUGGUCAACAAGGUUUGUCAGAAUGUUGCUGUGGCUUUGGAGGAGAAGUCCACUCAGUCCAAUUCACACAUGGCUUUGGUUAUGGCUUUAGCCAAGCACAAUUCCUUAAUAGUUGAAGCUUAUGCAAGGCUCUUAGUACGAUCAGCAAUGAAGAUCUUGCAAGCUGGACUAUCAGAGGCAAAUUCUCAGAAACGUUUAUCAGCAAUUCAAAUGGUGAAUUUCCUGAUGAAGUGGUUGGAUCCUAGGAGUAUAUUUUCAGAGCUGCAGUUGAUAAUUGAGGAGAUGGAGAAGUGCCAGUCCGAUCAGAUGGCUUUUGUAAGGGGAGCAGCUUUUGAAACUCUACAAACUGCUAGGAGAAUCGCCACAGAGAGAGGGUUAAUAUUUGAAAAACGUUCGAGUUCAGUGAAUGAGUCCAUUGGCAGGAGAGAUGAAAAUCAGGGGAGAAAUUUAUGGAGUUCAGGAGAUGCUUCAUCUGCUUCCACCCCAGAAUCUCAGACGCUUGAUUUUAAUUUCGAAUAUGAUUCUCUGCUUGAGUCACCUCUCUCUUCCCAGGUCUCGUCUGAUUUGACCUACGAUAGGCAGAGUGUCCAUCGGAGACUAUGGAGAUAUGAAAAUGGAGGGGUGGAUAUUUCUCUCAAAGACGGCUUGUUCUCAGAGUUGUCUAACGGAAAUGGCCUUUCCAGUAGAAGUGUCGAGGGAACUCCCACUAGGCAACAGGAGUACAAUGCCAAUGAAGGAGAUGAUGUAAAUGAUUUCAUAGGAUUCCAGCCAAGAAGUCCAAGAUAUGGAGUAGCACAACGAAGCCCUACUCCUAGUCCCCAGAGGUCAAGAUCCCCCAUCAAUGUUGACAAUAUUAAAAUCUUCACUACCCCGAGGAAGCUCAUCCACUCUCUUCAGGAUCCAAGUGAUGUGGAAUCUGACAUGACACGGAAAAGCCUCGGAAGGUUUAGAAGUCCAUGUUCAAGCGUAGAUGAGUGGAGUCCUGUGAGGAACUUUGACCAGGGUUGCUUGAUAGAUGAUCCCCAUGAUGCCAAAGAGAAGGAAAACUCUGAAGAUGGUGCUGAGCAGCAGUUUCAGGGUGGAUCUGAAUCUCUCUCAUCAGCGGAAAACAUUGCUGCAUAUCUAGAAAAGUUGGUGCCAAACACAGGGACGCUGCUAGAUGAAACCAAAACUCCGACCCUCGGCACCAGAAAGGCUGGAAGAAGAACGGCCUUCAAACUGAUUUGCAGCAUACUCUUUGUUUUACUCGCGAUAUUCUGUUCUUUACAGUAUAAUGAUCAUGAAUAUCGCCAUCUUGUUCCGACUUAGAUGUCUUGUUAGAUCUAGGAUCUUGGGGUACAAUUUUCAUGUAGGGGAAACGUUGUAUUGCUUGCUUUUCUAGUCACAGUAUCCUUGGUGAAGCAUUUCAA